CGGACCAGGAAGUGACGGGGUUGUUUUGUUUGAUGGAAAUUGGUUGAAUGAAGAUGGACUGAGACAAAUUGUAGAUUUAUAUAAAACAAAAGACAAUUUUACUUUGUUUUGAAGGUAAGGUCGUAGUCUCUCAAGUCCCAAUCAUCUAAAUGUUCUCGGAAGCAUCACAGCAAACACACUAGCUAGCUUACCUAGCGUCAUUUCUAACUUGCUAGCCAGCUAAACUGGAUAGCUAGCUACGUUAGCAUGCUACCUCCAAGCCACAAAUGAAUCGGUUAUCUUUAGGAAUCGUUGUCCAAGCCACUACAAAGAUGACUCCUCGACUAGGUGCAUGGUUGCUCUGCAUUUGAGACGCCUGUAUGAGUGACGCACACCACCAUAGAACUCCACCACCAUGGGCCAGCGAAGGAGGGGGGCAGCUGUCCAUGCUCCCCCAGCCAACAGACACCCUGACGGGCUCACAGUGGCUCCCCAGGCCCCUGCCAAGAAGCACAACAUAUGCAUGGUGUCAGACUUCUUUUACCCCAACAUGGGAGGGGUGGAGAGCCACAUCUACCAGCUGUCCCAGUGUCUGAUAGAGAAGGGUCACAAGGUGGUGAUCGCCACCCACGCCUACGGCUGCAGGAAGGGGGUCCGUUACCUGACCAACGGGCUCAAGGUGUACUAUCUGCCCCUGCAGGUGAUGUACAACCAGUCCACAGCUACCACCUGCUUCCACAGCCUGCCGCUGCUGCGCUGCGUGUUUGUCAGGGAGCGCAUCACCGUGGUGCACGCCCACAGCUCCUUCUCCGCCAUGGGCCACGAUGCACUGUUCCACGCCAAGACCAUGGGCCUCAACACGGUGUUUACAGACCACUCCCUCUUUGGUUUUGCUGAUGUUAGCUCGGUGCUGACCAAUAAGCUGCUGACGGUGUCUCUGUGCGACACCAAUCACAUUGUGUGCGUAUCGUACACCAGUAAGGAGAACACAGUGCUCAGGGCAGCGCUCGACCCCGAGAUCGUUUCUGUUAUUCCCAACGCCGUCGACCCCACAGACUUCACCCCCGACCCUUCCCAGCGCCAUGACGACAGGAUCACCAUUGUUGUGGUCAGCCGCCUCGUCUACCGCAAAGGAAUAGAUCUUCUGGGAGGGAUCAUCCCAGAGCUAUGCCUCAAACAUCCAGAUCUACAUUUCCUGAUUGGGGGAGAGGGACCAAAGAGAAUCGUGUUGGAAGAAGUGAGAGAGAAAUACCAGCUACACGAUAGGGUGCGUCUCCUGGGGGCCCUUGAGCAUAAGGAUGUGCGGGGGGUCUUGGUCCAGGGACAUAUCUUCCUCAACACCUCCCUGACAGAGGCCUUCUGCAUGGCUAUAGUGGAGGGGGCCAGCUGUGGACUACAGGUGGUAAGUACGCGUGUUGGAGGGAUCCCUGAGGUUCUGCCUGAGGAUCUGAUCACCCUGUGUGAGCCCACCGUGCGUUCUCUUUGUGCUGGCCUGGACAGUGUCAUCGCUAGGCAACGAUCUGGCAGCGUCGCCUCCCCUGCCUCAAUCCACGCCCACGUCCGCACCCUCUACACCUGGAGGAAUGUCGCAGAGAGGACAGAGAAGGUGUAUGACCGUGUGGCUGGGGAGGAGGUUCUUCCUCUGGACAGACGGCUGCUCAGACUGAGAACCCACUGUGGCCCUGUGGCAGGCUCCAUCUUUGCCCUCUUUGCUGUCUUCGACUUCCUCUUCCUGCUCCUUCUCCGCUGGCUCCUCCCAGACUGCCUCAUAGACAUUGCCAUGGACGCCACGGGCCCCCAGGGGCUGUGGAGGCAGGGCUUGGGCGAUAGGAAAGGAACUCACUCUAAAAGUGCCAUGUUGACAAAGGAGGAGCCAGGUGGUCACAAGACCAAGCUAUGAUGAUAAAACACAACUCCUUAUCCUCAACCGUAAUAUAACUGCUUAAAAUACUGACUUUAAAAAAAUCUAACUUGACCUCUGACCCCACUACCUAAUGACCUGUGGAUACUGAUCACUCAUUGCAUAAUGUUUUAAGGGAAACCCUGAUGUUUACAAAAGGAUGAGUGUUCUUGCUCAGGUAAAGAUGGUUAUAGAUAUGUUUUAUUCUUUGUAACCCCUUAAUGAACCCCAAAACUGAAUCACUCCUGUAUUAAUAUUCCACUCCUAGUUUUUGUAUUUUAAUUUCUUUAUCCAUGCUUUGCACUGAAUAAAGAAGGGAUAUAGGUUCACAGAUGAUUAUUUUUAUCAGUAAGGAGGUUGGGGGUAUACCGUUAUUACAAAAAUGGCACAAUGAAUGCUACUGGUUGCCAUAGACAGCAGUAUGAUCUUUAAGGGGACUCUGUAAUAGCAUAGUUUUGUAUUCUAACCUCACCCACUCACCAAGUUCCCUUCCUUGUACUUUUAUGCUUGAAUUUUAUAUUUUAGUUUUAGUAGUUCUCUGCUGUUUAACUUUUUUUUACCCAUAUCAUGCUUUGCCAAUGUCUUUGUUGGGUGGUUCCUCUCCUUUCGAGAUGUUUGUGGGCUCAUGCUUAAGGCUGUGUAGCCUAAUGAUGCACUGAUUACUGAACCUUGACUUAUGAUGGAAACUAAAGUCUGUUUCAGAAUGA